AUGACGGAUUUGGGAGCGCUGACGAAGAGGAGUCUGGACGCCAAGAAAACGGACGCCAGGUUCGGACGCGACCUCCUCCUGCUUCUCCUCCUGCUGGGGCUCCUCAUUGGGGAUGUCUCCUCUUCCAAGGCUGAAUCUUGUGGAGGUGUAGUCCAAGGCCUGAAUGGCACAAUAGAGUCACCUGGUUUCCCCCACGGAUAUCCAAACUAUGCCAACUGUACAUGGCUGAUAAUAACAGGGGAGCGAAACAGGAUCCAGCUGUCCUUCAUCACGCUGGCUCUGGAGGAAGACUUUGAUAUUGUGUCAGUUUAUGAUGGACAGCCAUCACCCGGCAACUUAAAAAUGAGAUUGUCUGGAUUCAUGCUGCCAUCUCCCAUCGUCAGCAGUGGAUCUAUUUUGGCUCUGUGGUUUACCACAGACUUUGCAGUCAGUGCACAAGGAUUCAAGGCAGUAUAUGAAGUUUUGCCCAGUCACACAUGUGGCACUCCUGGCCUCAUUCCAAAUGGAAUCAUUCAUGGUUCCCGGUACAACAUAGGGGACAAGAUCCGUUACAGCUGUGAGUCAGGUUUUGUACUGGAAGGACACAGCAUCCUCACAUGUAUUGUAUCACCUGGCAGUGGAGCACAGUGGGACUUCCCAUCACCUUUUUGUAGAGCGGAGGGAGCAUGUGGCGGGACAUUAAGAGGGACUGCAGGUUCAAUAACAAGCCCCGGAUAUCCUGCAGAGUAUGAAAACAACUUGGACUGCACAUGGUCAAUCCUUGCUGAACCUGGAGACACCAUUGCUUUCAUCUUCAAUGAUUUUUUAUUAGAGGACAAAUAUGACUUCUUGGAAAUCAGCGGGACAGAAGCACCAAGCAUAUGGCUAACUGGUACAACAUUACCUUCUCCAGUGAUAUCGAACAAGAACUGGCUUCGUCUACAUUUUACCUCAGAUAGCAACCAUCGCAGAAAGGGAUUCAGUGCUCAGUAUCAAGUGAAGAAAGCUAUAGAGUUGAAGUCCAGAGGAGUGAAGAUGAUGCCCAGUAAAGACUCCACUCAUAAAAAUGCUGUCUUAAGUCAGAGUGGCCUGGCUGGUGAUGUUUGUCCAGAUCCUGGAAUUCCAGAAAAUGGGAAAAGGAUGGGGUCAGCCUUCCAAGUUGGCUCCAGUGUCCAGUUUAGUUGUGAUGACAGCUACGUGCUUCAAGGAUCCAAAAGUAUCACCUGUCAAAGAGUCACUGACACUCUGGCAGCCUGGAGCGACCACAGACCCAUCUGCAGAACUCGUACCUGUGGCAGCAACCUAAGCGGGCCCAGAGGGGUUAUAACUUCUCCUAACUACCCUGUCCAAUAUGAGAACAAUGCACACUGUGUGUGGGUCAUCACUGCAGUGGACUUUGAAAAGGUCAUCAAGCUGUCAUUUGAAGAGUUUGAUCUAGAAAGAGGCUAUGACACUCUGACUGUGGGAGAUGGAGGAAAAAUAGGAGACACUCGAAGGGUGCUGUACGUACUCACUGGCUCCAGUGUCCCUGACCUCAUUGUGAGCUUAUCCAAUCAGAUGUGGUUGCACCUCCAGUCAGAUGACACAAUUGGUUCAGCAGGAUUCAAAGCAGUCUAUGAAGAAAUAGAGCGAGGAGGUUGUGGUGAUCCCGGGGUUCCUGCAUUUGGUCGACGUAGUGGUGAUCGCUUUCAGCAUGGUGAUGUGUUGACCUUCUUCUGCCAGUCAGCUUUUGAACUUGUAGGAGAGAAGAGUAUCACGUGCCAGCUUAAUAACCAGUGGUCUGGCAAUAAACCCAGCUGUGUCUUUUCAUGUUUCUUCAACUUUACGGCUCCGUCAGGGACUAUAUUGUCCCCAAACUACCCAGAGGAAUAUGGCAACAAUCUGAACUGUGUGUGGUUGAUUAUCUCUGAACCAGGGAGUCGCAUUCAUCUCCUCUUCUCAGACUUUGAUCUCGAACCACAGUUCGACUGGUUGGUUGUCAAAGAUGAAGGUCUGUCUGAGCCAACAACAUUCAGGACAUUCUCGGGGAAAGAUGUUCCAUCACAGCUCGCCUCCAAUGGGCACAUCAUGAGACUGGAGUUUCAAUCUGAUCAUUCUAAUACUGGAAAAGGAUUCAAUAUCAGCUAUACAACAUUUGGUCAGAAUGAAUGUCAUGACCCAGGGGUCCCUGUCAAUGGUCAGAGAUAUGGAGACCAGUUUCAGCUUGGCAGCUCUGUGGCAUUUCGAUGUGAUCAAGGCUUCAUUCGGACACAGGGGUCAGAUCAGAUCACGUGUAUCAUCCAGGAGGGAAACGUUGUUUGGUCUGCUGCAGUACCUCGUUGUGAAGCCCCAUGUGGAGGUCAUCUCACAGCGUCUUCUGGAGUCCUACUGUCUCCUGGUUGGCCAUCAUUUUACAAAGACUCUCUGAGCUGCCAGUGGGUGAUUGAAGCACAACCAGACCACGCAGUGAAGAUUCACUUUGACAGGUUUCAGACAGAGGUCAACUAUGACACACUGGAAAUCCGUGAUGGCCCUUCAGCCUCCUCUCCCAUGAUUGGUGAAUACCACGGUACCCAAGCACCACAUUUCCUGAUUUCCACCACCAACUUUCUGUUCCUGCUGUUCACUACGGACAACAGCCGGUCUGCAGUAGGAUUCAGCAUCAGAUAUGAGAGUGUAAAAAUGGAGUCGGAUUCCUGCCUCGAUCCUGGUAUCCCUGUCAAUGGCCGUCGACACGGCAGCAGCUUUUCAAUUGGUUCCAGAGUGUCAUUCACAUGUGACUUGGGAUACACACUUAGCGACCAGGAGCCUAUUAUUUGUGAGCAGAAUCAUCAGUGGAGCCACGCUCUUCCAAGCUGUGAUGCUCUUUGUGGAGGUUAUGUUUUUGGGAAAACAGGGACAAUUUUGUCUCCUGGUUUUCCUGACUUCUACCCCAAUUCGCUGAACUGCACCUGGACCAUUGAGGUUUCUCACGGGAAAGGUGUACACCUGGUCUUCCACACUUUCCAUCUGGAGGAGAACCAUGACUAUCUAUCCAUUACUGAGGAUGGCAAUUUCCAGGUCCCCGUUGCCCGACUCACUGGCUCCGUACUGCCUCCUAGUGUCAAAGCAGGCCUCUAUGGAAACUUCAGUGCACAGCUUCGAUUCAUAUCAGAUUUCUCCAUGAGUUAUGAAGGGUUUAAUAUCACUUUCUCAGAGUAUGACUUAGAGCCAUGCGAGGAUCCCGGUGUGCCAGCAUUCAGCAGGAGGAUGGGAUUCAGAUUUCGAGUUGGUGACUCGCUGGCCUUCUCUUGUUUCCAUGGCUACCGACUUGAAGGAGACAGCAAGAUCACCUGUCUGGGAGGAGGCAGGCAUGUUUGGAGUAAUGCACUACCAAGAUGUAUAGCUGAGUGCGGUGCCUCGUCAGUAGGAGCAGAAGGUGUCCUCCUCUCACCAAACUUCCCCUCCAACUAUGAUAACAAUCAUGAGUGCAUCUACCGUAUCACCACUGACAAGGGCAAAGGAAUCAACCUGAAAGCUGAGAGCUUCACGCUGCAGGAUGGUGACUAUCUAAAGGUGUAUGAUGGAGAGAAUAGCUCAUCCCGCUUCCUUGGCAACUUCACACGUGACAGCAUGACGGCUCAUGUCAUCAACAGUACAUCCAAUCACCUGUGGCUUGAAUUCAACACCAAUGCCUCUGGAACCGAUCAGGGCUUCCGCCUCACAUAUACUAGUUUUAACCUCGUGCGUUGUGAAGAACCAGGCAUCCCCAGCUACGGCUACAAGAUUCAGGACGAUGGACACUUUGCGAACACUUUUGUCCUGUACUCCUGCAACCCUGGAUACAGUCUGCAUGGCAGCAGCACACUGACGUGCCUUAGCGGGGACAGACGUGUCUGGGACAAAUCACUUCCAUCAUGUGUCGCGGAGUGUGGAGGUCACAUUUCUGGAGCAGUGUCUGGACGUAUUCUGUCUCCUGGAUAUCCUGCUCCAUAUGAUAACAACCUCCACUGUACCUGGACCAUAGAGGCUGACACAGGCAAGACUAUCAGCCUCCAUUUCAUUGUCUUUGACACUGAGGUUGACCAUGAUAUCCUGAGGGUCUGGGAUGGUCCAUCUGGGCCAUCAGAUGGGGGGAUCCUUUUGAAGGAAUGGUCUGGUCCAGCCUUACCUGAAGACAUCCACUCAACCUUCAACAUACUCACACUACAGUUUGAUUCAGAUUACUUCAUCAGCAAACAAGGAUUUUCAAUACAGUUCUCAACCACCACAGCUACAACAUGUAAUGAUCCAGGCAUUCCUGUAAAUGGCUCUCGAUAUGGGGACAGUAAGGAGCCUGGCGACAGUAUGACUUUCCAGUGUGACCCAGGCUACAAGCUCCAAGGCCAGGACACCAUCACAUGUGUACGUCUGGACAACAGAUUCUAUUGGCAGCCUGAUCCACCAACCUGUAUGGCAACCUGUGGGGGAAAUGUCAGUGGUCCCUCCGGAGUCAUUCUAUCUCCGAACUAUCCUCAGCCUUACCCUCCAGGGAAAGAGUGUGACUGGAGAGUCAGAGUCAACCCUGAUUUUGUCAUUGCUCUCAUCUUUAAAAGUUUCAACAUGGAGCCCAGUUAUGACUUCUUGCACAUCUAUGAGGGCGAAAACUCUAAUGGGCCUUUACUAGCAAGUCUCCAAGGCAACCAGGCCCCAGAUCGAAUUGAGAGCAGUGGAAACAGUCUCUUCCUGGCAUUCAGAUCGGAUGCUUCACUCGGCAUGUCUGGGUUUGCCAUUGAAUUUAGAGAAAAACCACGAGAGGCCUGCUUUGACCCUGGUAACAUUAUGAAUGCCAGUCGUACAGGCUAUGACUAUAAGCUGGGCUCUCAAGUCUCCUACAGCUGUCACCAUGGUUAUACAACAGUGGGUGAGGACACAAUCAUAUGCGUGCUAGGCCACGAUGGGAAGCCAGUGUGGGACAGGGUCCUGCCAUCAUGUAAAGCUCCCUGCGGAGGACAGUAUGGUGGAUCUGAAGGCGUUGUUUUAUCUCCAAACUAUCCUCUAAACUACACUACAAGACAGACUUGUUCCUAUUACAUCACUGUUUCCCCACAGUUUGUGGUUUUUGGGCAGUUUGCUGUAUUCCAGACAGCAAUGAAUGACUCUGUAGAACUGUUUGAUGGAGCUAAUGAGAAUGCACGAUUGCUGAGCUCAUUAGCUGGCUCACAUUCAGGAGAGACAUUGCCGUUGGCAACUUCCAAUCAGAUCAUGCUACGGUUCAACGCUAAGAGCGGUCAGUCAGCUAAAGGCUUUCACUUUGUCUACCAAGCUGUGCCUCGGACGAGUGACAGCCAGUGCAGUUCAGUACCAGAACCUCGAUAUGGCAGGAGGAUUGGUUCAGAGUUCUCUGCUGGCUCUGUGGUUCGCUUCGAGUGCAGUCCGGGCUAUCUUCUGAAAGGAUCCAGUGCCAUCCAAUGCCAGUCUGUGCCAGGUGCCCUGGCACAGUGGAAUGCAACCACUCCAACCUGUAUAGUUCCCUGCAGUGGUAAUUUGACUGAACGUCGUGGUACAAUACUUUCUCCUGGCUAUCCUGAGCCCUACCCUAACAGUCUCAACUGUCUGUGGAAGAUCCAUGUCAGUGAAGGAGCUGGGAUACAGAUCCAAGUGAUUACAUUUGCUACUGAGCACAACUGGGAUUCUCUAGAAAUCUACGAUGGAGGAGACAUGACAGCUCCUAAAUUGGGGUCGUUUUCUGGAACUACAGCUCCUGCCCUUCUCAACUCCACAUCCAAUCAACUCCUUCUCCAUUUUCAGAGUGACAUCAGUGUGGUGGCAGCAGGCUUUCACCUGGAAUAUAAAACGGUUGGUCUUACCACUUGUCCAGAGCCAAUGGUCCCAGCCAAUGGCAUUAAAACAGGAGACAGAUACAUGGUCAAUGAAGUGGUGGCGUUCACCUGUGAACCUGGAUACACAUUGCAGGGCCAUUCUCACAUUUCCUGUAUGCCUGGGACUGUACGUCGAUGGAAUUACCCCCCUCCUCUUUGCAUAGCUCGUUGCGGUGGGGUGUUGUCUGAGUUGAGUGGUGUCAUCCUUAGUCCCGGUUUUCCUGGCAACUACCCUGGCAAUCUGGAUUGCACCUGGCAAAUCGUGUUGCCAGCUGGAUAUGGAGCUCAUAUUCAGUUCCAAAACUUUUCUUCUGAAGACAACCACGACUUCUUGGAAGUGAGAGCAGGACCCCAACACAGCUCGGCUCUUAUUGGACAGUUCACUGGCUCACAGAUCCCGCCCCCUCUGCUAAGCACCACCCACUUGACAAUUGUUCACUUCUACAGUGACCACUCUGAGAAUAGGCCAGGAUUCAAACUGACCUACCAGGCUUAUCAACUUCAAAAUUGCCAGGACCCUUUUCCUUUCCCCAAUGGUGACAUCAUCAACAGUGACUACAGUGCUGGCCAAUCAAUCACUUUUCAGUGCUAUCCUGGUUAUGUGUUGAUUGGACACUCAGUACUAACCUGCCUACAUGGAACUAACAGAAAGUGGAACCACCCAUUUCCUCGCUGUGAAGCUCCUUGCGGCUACAACAUCACAGCUGAGAAUGGGACUAUCUAUUCACCUCAGUACCCCAAUGAAUAUCCCAACUCCCAAGACUGUAACUGGCUGAUCACGGUUCCUCAUGGACAUGGAGUUUAUAUCAACUUCACUUUACUACAGACCGAGCCUGUCACUGAUUACAUCUCUGUCUGGGACGGUCCAGAUGCAACCAGUCCCCAACUAGGUAUCUUCAGUGGUAACACAGCUUUAGAGUCAGCCUACAGUACCAGCCUGAAAGUUCUGAUCCAUUUCCACUCUGACUUUUCAACUGGAGGUUUCUUCAUACUCAACUUUCAUGCUUACCGUCUGAAGAAAUGCCCUCCUCCCCUUGUUGUGGAGAAUGCAGACAUGAUCUAUGAAGAUGAAGAUUUCCAGAUAGGUGAUGUUGUAAAGUAUCGCUGUUUACCUGGAUACACAUUGGUUGGGAAAGUGGAGCUUAUGUGCAAACUCAACUCCCAUUUGCUCUUUGAAGGUCCACCCCCAACCUGUCAAGCUCACUGUCCAGCCAAUGAGGAGCGGUCUUCAUCAUCAGGAGUAAUCCUUAGCCCUGGCUAUCCUAGUAACUACCCCAACAGCCAGACCUGCUCAUGGCUGCUACGUAUGCUUCCAGGUUAUACUAUCAAUAUCUAUGUGGAGAUGUUCCACAGUGAGAAACAAUUUGAUGAACUGGAGAUAUUUGAUGGCCCGUCAGGACAAAGCCCUCUGCUUGUCGCUCUCAGUGGAAACCACUCAUCUCAGCUGAACUUUACAUCAAAGACAAACCAACUGUAUCUACGAUGGUCCACAGACCAUGCAACCAACAAGAGAGGAUUCAAGAUACGGUAUUCAGCUGCCUACUGCAGCAUUAAUGAUCUGCCAGUCAAUGGGGGCGUGAUCAACAGAACUAGACUCCGUCCAGGUAGCAGACUUCAGUUCUUUUGUAAUAAUGGAUACCAUUUGGUUGGUUCAAGCAAUGCCACAUGCCACCUUCACCCCAAUGGACUUUACUACUGGGAUGUACCAGCACCCAUUUGUCAAGCUGUCUCCUGUGGAAUUCCUCAGUCACCGGGCAAUGGCAGCUUCCAUGCUUACCAGUAUACUGUUGGUAGCCAGGUGACCUACCACUGUAACCAUGGUUACUACCUCGACCCUGACAUUUCGAUGACUGCUACAUGUUUGGAGGAUGGCAGCUGGAGCAAUGCACCAUCACCUCCCAGAUGUCUACCUCUCCACUGCCCCAGCAUUGAGGGCAUUUUGUCAGACCACAUGACCUACCGCCUGCUCUUUGGCAGGCUGGAAGAGUUUGGCUCCAUGCUGAUGCUAGAAUGUUCAGCAGGGUACUAUUUGGGGGUGGGACACCGUAGACUUUGCUGCCUUGCUAAUGGUACCUGGGAGGGAGCAGAUGAUCCAGCUACAUGCAAGAUCAUCUCUUGUGGUGAGCUUCCUUCUCCAGCCUUUGGUAUCAAACUGGGGACACUCAGCACUUUUGGAGCAACUGCAAUCUUUAUGUGUAACCAUGGAUACACCCUGGUGGGGUCACAUGUCAGAGAAUGUGGCGCUAAUGGGUUGUGGAGUGGUGCAGAGACCAGGUGUCUAGCUGGUCACUGUGACUCACCAGAUCCUAUAGUCAAUGGUCAUAUUAGUGGAGAUGGCUCAAGUUACCGAGACACGGUGGUGUACCAGUGUAUGUUAGGAUAUCGCCUGAUUGGCACAUCAGUCCGAAUCUGCCAACAAGAUCAUCGGUGGUCUGGAACAACACCUGUCUGUGUCCCUAUCACCUGUGGUCACCCGGGCAACCCAGCCAAUGGACUCACCAAUGGCAGCGAGUUCAACCUCAAUGAUGUUGUCAACUUUACCUGUAACAGAGGAUACAUUCUCGGUGGAAAUUCACGUGCUCAGUGCAGAUUCAACGGACAGUGGAGCAGCCCUCUACCUAUCUGCAAAGUGGUAAAUUGUUCGGAUCCUGGCCAUGUGGAGAAUGGUGUGCGACAGUCCGGUUUACGCUACCCUGAAGUCUUCAGUUAUGGAGUGACAGUGGCAAUUCACUGUAAACGAGGCUUCUUCCUGUUAGGUUCUGCACUGCUCACAUGUCAACAUGAUGGACGGUGGGAUCGCCCACUCCCACGCUGCCAAGCCAUUUCCUGUGGUGACCCCAGUGUACCCCCAAAUGCAGUCGUGUCUGGAACUCAGAGCUGGACAUAUGGUUCAGUGUUGCAGUACUCCUGUCUGCCUGGAGGGGUGUUGGUGGGCAAUGCUUCUCGCCACUGUAAGGAGGAUGGAACAUGGAGUGGAGCGCCACCAUACUGCACUGGAGUAAGUCAAGGAAUCUGUGGAGACCCAGGAAUCCCCCCACAUGGUGUACGUCUGGGAGGGGAAGAGUUUAAAACCAAGAGCCUGCUGCGUUUCAGCUGUGAGGCGGGAUACAUCCUGAUGGGCUCAGCUGAAAGGACCUGCCUUCACAAUGGAACUUGGAGUGGCACACAGCCCGUGUGUCAAGCUGUGUCCUGUGGUAACCCUGGCACCCCAGCACAUGGACGAAUUGUGUUCAGUGAUGGAAUCACUUUCGGCAGCUCAGUGGCUUAUGCAUGUUGGGAAGGGUACAAAACGUCAGGUCUGACCACCAGACAUUGCACAACCAAUGGGACGUGGACAGGACAACCUCCAGACUGUACUGUCAUCGGCUGUGGAGACCCAGGUCCAGUUGCCAACGGGAUAAUUUUAGGAAGUGAUUUUAUGUUCAACCACACUGUAACCUACCGCUGUAACCCUGGUCACCUGAUGGAACCAACAGGACCUGGAUACAACGUUUUACACUGCACAAAAGAUGGAACUUGGAACCAAACUAAACCGAGCUGCAAAGUGAUCCAGUGUGGAAGCCCUCCUCAGCUACUUAAUGGAAAAGUCAAAGGAAAUGACCAUUCUUGGGGAGCGAGUGUUAGCUACAUUUGUUUCCAUGGCUAUCAAUUGUCUAGUCCUGCAGUGGUAACCUGUGAGGGGAAUGGAACAUGGACUGGUGACAUACCACAAUGUCUACCUGUCCUGUGUGGUGAUCCCGGCUCUCCAGGAGGUGGAUUCAGAGAGGGGAACAUGUUUUCCUACCGAUCAGAGGUCAGGUUCUACUGUCAUGCCCCCUACAUUCUAGUAGGCUCGGCCUCCAGAGUUUGUCAAGCUGAUGGAAUAUGGAGUGGUCAACAGCCAGCUUGUAUAGAUCCAGCCUCCAACAGCUGUCAUGAUCCAGGGACUCCAGCCUAUGGUAUCCCAGUUAUAGCCCAGGGCAUUCAGGUUGGCAGUAAAAUUUCCUUCAAGUGCCGCAAGAACUAUCACAUCCUUGGCUCCACAACAAGAACAUGCUUAGAAAACCUUACUUGGAGUGGAACACAACCUGAGUGCAUAGCCCAUUCAUGCAGACAGCCAGAGACACCCAGUAAUGUCGACGUACGAUCAAUGGACCUGCCUACGUUGGGUUACACAUUGAUUUACACGUGUCAGGAUGGUUUUUAUCUUGCUGGCGGAUCAGAGCACAGAACGUGCAGGAGUGAUGGGAGAUGGUCUGGCAAAGCCCCACUAUGUAAAGUUGGAGUGAAGGUCAAUCCCAAAGGUAGAGGAGAGUCAGAUGUCCAGAAGAACAAGAUCCGAGUUCCAGUGGACGUGUUCUCCCCAAACUCUGACUGGAGCGGAUUCUAUGAGUAUCUAGGGACGAGACAAGUCACCACAUUUACCGUAACUGGGUUCAAUACAACCAGUGGCAGAGUGAACAUCACUUUGCUGGAGACCAGCGGAGUGUCAAUCAGACUGUCAGGUACCUACAAGUCUGAGGAAAACCAGUUGCUGUUGAAGGUCUACCAGGUGAAGGGUCCGACAGAACAUUACUACAGCAAAUUUAAAAAUGACAACUGGGCUAUGGAUGGAUACGUUACUGCAGAAUCAGACCAGAAAACGUUUGUCUACCAAGGACACAUUCACAGUAAAGACUUUGGCAAGUUCCAGCUGACAAGACAAGGUCCUGUAACCAUGGCGAUGGAUCCAUCCAGCCCUUAUACCAACAGUAGCUCAGUGGCAGCAGCCAUCUUAGUUCCUUUCUUUGCCCUCAUCCUGUCUGGAUUUGCCUUCUACCUCUACAAGCACAGGACAUUGUCUGCUGACACAGAUGACAAUGAAAGACCAAAAGACACCUGGGGGCCUGGCGGCAGAACACGUCCAAAGGUCCAGUUCAAUGGCUAUGUCGGACAUGAGAGCUCCAACGGUCAAGCAUCAUUUGAAAAUCCAAUGUAUGACACCAACAUGAAGCCAACUGAGGCUAAGGCAGUUCGAUUUGAUACCACACUCAAUACAGUCUGCACUGUGGUAUAGUCCAACAAACCUGCCGCUGCAUGCACAGCGGUGUAGGCCAGUGUCACUGUUGCAUUCUGCAGUGUGGUUUAACCACACUUGAAGGAAACUGUACAUCCAGGAGAAACGUAAUGAUUUGGACUCAUCUACUUGAGCAGUGUGUGUUGUAGCAUGCUGGUCUUCUGUCAGCACAGUGUUGGAGCUGUUUUCCACCUCCUGCCUGUUAUUGUCAAGAACAAUUGUAUCACCUCUCCCUGCAGCCUGAGAGAGUGAAAUAAAACUGGGACAUGCAAAGGAGGGCGUAAACAAUGUAAUCUUCAAAUUGUUCAGGACAUCAAUGCCGGGACCACAAAUUCUCUUGCUGUUCGGACAACAAAGAAAAACAUGAGAGCAUGGUACACCUUAUCAACAGUCCAUCAAGAGUGACACCCUCAAUGAACAAAGCUCAUGCAGUGCCAGUUGACUUUUUGCAAAAUUUGACUUAACCUGUAUGGAAAGGGCUUGGUAUAGCUAAUGUUGAAUACCUUUCCUGAAGCCUAAUCAGAGGUUUACCCCAACAUCACCCAAUAGUUCAUUGCCAAGUUUGCACAGUGGUAUAGGCUUACUAACUCCCCUGCUGCAGGCCAGACAUGGGUUUGAAUGAUUUGAGGUUCUACCCUCAGGGGAAGCACAUAGACUAUUCCACCUUCUCACCUCCCAACCCGUCAGAGCACCCCCACCAUCACCAGUCCCACCCUCAGACAUGCCAUUAGACAGUAAAUGAUUAGAUUCCAUGUUG